UUUCAGCUCUGAGCACUUAAAAAGCCCAGUUGACCAGUUGACGUUUCCCCGACGCAUUGCAAACCCCAUCCCUUCCCCGUGUUUGGGACUUUGGGAAGAAUUUGAGAUCGGUGGGGGAUUGUAAGCACGCUGUCAGGAUGAGCUGAUGUGAGCGCUGCAUCAAGUGCGCGGUGGUGAUGCUCCUGUAUAAAACAGCCCGCUGUAUUUUGGCACAGAGGGGGAUGCAUCAGUUUAACCCUCGGCUCUGCCCUCCGGACUCGCCCAUACAUUAUUUAGCCUAGAUAAGUUGAGGAGAUGUGUGAUGCUAUUGUGAGGAAUCCUAUCGCACGAUAUUCCUGAGGAUCUCUGUCUUCAUUUUUCUUCAACUUCGAUGGCUUGAGUGGCCCAUUUGCACUCAUGUUUGCUGCCGAGGAGGGAUGUGAGGUACGGGCCAUCUACCGCCCUCAGAUUGCACGGAGUAGCGGCGUGAUUCAGGUCGCUAUCUGAGUGCCAAUAAAAAACUACUUUCGAGAUAUGAAUUAUCGAGAUUUGCAGCUCAUUCCACCGUCUCGCUUGUCCUAUGCUAUCGACAACGGGAUUUCAAGAGUUAAAUGAUUGUGGCAUAAACUAUUUCUGGAGACGCCUGUCACAGAUACCGCCGCUGAACUGGACAGGGUGGAUGGUUAUUUCCCAAACAGUCCAAUCCUAUGUAUACUGCAUUCAUUUGUUGGAAACGCUGCCUAGUGUCUUCGAGAACAGCGCAAGAGGAAUGCUGGUCCAAGAUCUAAUGCCAUUUACUUUAAGUUUUUGGCCUUUUUUCUUCGGUCAUUGCCUACUCUCACUGUUUUUACUCUCAUGCCAGGGAGAACUCCAGAGGUCGUGCUCACAGACUGUGGCGGAGAAAGUUAGCGAACAGUGCCAGCUGGCAUGCCACUGUAGAAGCUACCCUCCCCUUCCUCCUCCACCACCUCCACCGCCUCCCCCGCGGCUACUGUGGACCACAGUGGUAAAGCCCAUAGUGCCCUUGUUGAGGCCCUGGUGGAUGGAUAUGGAGAUUAUAGUGCUUGGAACAGUGAGCUGUGCCUCAGUUGUCUUCCUCCUCUCAGCCAUCAUCAUCUGCUACAAGGCAAUCAAGAGGAAACCACUGCGAAAGGAAGAGAAUGGAACAAGUCGCGGGGAAUACGCCAUGAGCAUCCGUAACAAGAAGGCCAUUGGUACUAACAACACUGUGGUAUAGACUGUCCGCUGACAGACACAGGAAGUGACAUCACCGUUAGCGUCUUUCACCUUAACCCCGAACACAACGAUCCCUUCUCACCCAGAAUGCGACGGGGUUUUCACCCAGAAUUUUCAAAAUGAGUACACCUUUCCUCCUCUCUCGGCAUGUUGCCCGGACUGAAGACACCGUUCAGCUGGAGAAGGGCUUUUAAAGUUGGAAGGAAAAAUCAAGUGAGAAAGGAAGGAGAGAAAGAUCUACAAACCCCCAUGGUGUUAAAAGUGGCACAGCAGGCUGAACAUUAUGCUCUUAGUAACAGCAAGUGUUGCUGACAGGCUGGUUGGCUGCUGGCUGGAGAGGGACUGUCUGCCAGUCUGCUGCAGAUCCAGACCUCACACACUGUUGACAUCUGCAAUGGAACAACAGACAAUACAGCAGCCCUGCGGCCCCAUGGGCAAUUAAACAGGACAGCCCAUCACACACAAAAAUAAAUAAUGUGCAUGCAGUUUUUACGGAGAAUGCAACAUUUUUAUAUUCCUCACACUGUCCAUCUUUUGUUUUCCAUUUUUGAGGCAGAUGCUUUGUGAGAGGCAUGAUUUUACUGUUGGUCCUGGCUAAGAGACGUGGAUUCAUCUGACUAUGCAAUUUAAAGAAUUCCAUAUUAUUAACAAAAAAAAAAAAAAAAAAGCGAGAGAGGAUCAACGUCAAUAUAGGACAUCAUGGUUACUUACCAUCCCAGCAUAGCCACUGAGGACUUAGGCUCAAUGUAAUAUAUAUUCAUUCAUCCAUCUAUUUAUUUGCUGUAUUUAUUUACUUAUCUAUCUUUGACAUUAUUUUUCUACUUAAAAGAAACUGUCCUGUUAGUCAUUCACAUCUUGACUGAUGAAUUCAUUUUAUUUCUUGAUAGGUCUGUUUUUUUUUUUUUCAAAGUGAAUUAUUCAUAAACCAUAUAAUUCAUUUGUGAUGCUCCAAUGCUUUAAGCCCACUGUCAGUUUGUUGAGACACUGAUGCAGAAAACACGCUUGCUCGGCGAAGAGUUUUGGUAUCAGUUGUUUUGUCUCUGGCUGUUUGAUAUGCCUUUCUCUGCUUCCCUGAGACUUCAGCAAAGUCAGGGAUCUCUGUAAUGUGCUAUGUGAAUGUGUGUUUUCCAAAUAUUAUGUCUGUGCUGCAUUAUAAUAAUCCCCAUUUAGAAUUUAUCAAUUUAAUAUCUAGGUACAAACCCCCCUACGAGAUAAACAUGCUAUCAGUAUUUAUUUUGUUAAAUCUCAUUGGUUCAGAGGCUUGGGGUUGGCUAGAUGCCUUAAGCCGUGUAUUGUUUGGAUUUGACAAUCUUCGUUUUUCCAUCUGUCAAGAAGGGCUUAGCCCAUCACUAUAGAAACAGGGGAUAUGAGCCCAGAGCUGACCUUGUGACUGGUGAGAGACAGGAGCUUUAGCCAAUAGCCAGAGAUCAGAUUGCACAGAGGAUGGCCUCAACAGGGACGUGUGUGACUCAGUGCUGUCACAGGCAUCCUCCACAUCCCCCUCGAAAAAACACAACUGAGCUGAAUUGGAGCAUCACUCAAUGCUGCACUGCUUUUGACAUUAAAUCUGUGUAUGUGUGUGGUUGUGUGUGGUUGUGCGUGUGUGUUGCCUGUGCGCCUGUGAGUGUGCAUGCAGAUGAGUGUUCCCUGUGUGAGUGGGCUGUACUCUGUGGCUGUCAGUUAAGUAUAGAUAAACUGUUGAAUUUUGGAAACACACACUUGCAUCGAAACAUGCACAGGUAUUAGCAAACAGUAUACCCUACAAUGUACCCAUAUGAGAGAAAUGAUGGAUGCAUGAAUGUAAAUAUUGAUAUUUAAAUAUCUGCCUUCUGGACUGUUAAUUAUAUGUACAGUGUAACAGAGCAUCUGUUUAUACAUAGUAAAAAUUAAACAAUGUGCUACCAACUAGAAUUAUGUCAAUGUUGUCAUGUUGAUGGAGCAAGCCAUUAAUGUAUAUAUGGCAAUCAAUAGUAAAUACACAAUUUAUGCAUUAUACCAAACAGAUAGAAAGAUGUGCAUAAGUUGAUUUCAUUGCUGAGUUUUUCAGUUGUAAAUAAAACUGUACAUAAUGACACAG